AUGGCUCCGCGCGUCGCUGGCAAGCGGCAGAAGCAGGAGCGAGCGGCAAGGGCGGCGGACGACGCGGAGAAGGCGAAGGAGCUAGAGAGUAUUUUGUUCGGUAAAUCAAGCGAUUACGUGGCAGACCUUGGAAAUGAGCUGGCAGCGGGAGCGGUGGACAGUGAAGCUGCCGCGGACCUUCCGCCGAGCAGCGAGGAUCUGAUCACCGCGCAUUUCGGCGGAGAACCCGGCGGAGAAGGCGGGAAUGCGGAGGGUUUGGCAGGGGGCGAGGUUCUGUUGGGGUUUAUCGACCGCAAGAAGCAGCGAGUGGAGGAGGAGGACUGGCGGAAGGGUUCAAAGGGAAAGAAGCGCAAGGGGAAGGGUUUAGAGGCGGAAGCGGAGAAACCCGCGUGGGUGGACGAGGAGGACGAGACGCUGGUUGUGACUAUAGCGGGGCAGAAUCGGCUGAGGAAGCUGCGGAAGGAGGAGGACGAGGUUGCUGUAUCGGGGGUGGAGUACCAGCAGCGGUUGCGUGCGCAACACGUUAGGUUGAACCCGGGAACGAGGUGGGCCAAGGUAGGGUUAGGGAAGCAGCAGAAGGAGAAGAAAGAGAAGAAGGAAAAGCCGGUUACGAGAAAGGAGAAGCGGGGCGAUGCUGUUAAAGAGAAGCGUUCUAACGAGGAUGCUGAGAGCGAGGAGGAGGAGGAGGCGGAUGCAGGGGAGUUAUCAGAUGGGGAAGCAAGGGGGGUAUUCAGCGAUCUAGAGCAGGAGAGAGCUGCCAUGGGGUUGGGUGAGGACGAGGAUGAGGAGGGAGAGAGUGAAGGAGAGGAGGAUCAGGACGGAUUUGAUGCCGAUGAGAUUCUGCGCAACAUGCCAAUGCUUGCCGGCCAGAGCAAGGACCGAGCCAGCCAGCGCACCACCCACCGCCUGCCGCCCGGGCGAAUCCGAAUCUACCGCGUGCGCGACGCCAACUGGCAGGCCCCCACUGGCGCCAGCGCCAUCACUCCCGUCGCGCCGUCCCGCGCGAUCCAGUCGCUGAGCUGGCACCCGAACGGGCAGCUGCUGCUGUGCGGGAGCAUGGAUGGACGGGUGAGAUUCGUCCACGUGGACGGCGAGGAGAACCCCGAGUUGCAGUCCAUCUACUUUGAAAAUGUGCUCGUGCGCACCGCUGCUUUCACUGCUGACGGCACCCAGGUGGUUGUAGCGGGGCGUAACGGUCGUAACGCGAAUCGCGGUUACGCCACGGGCGAAGCGUUCAACGGGUACCAUGUGUAUGAUAUCGGCGCGGGGCGAGUCGCCCGCGUGGAUGGGAUAAUCGGGCGGCCAAAGCGCGACCCGCCGCUGACGCGCUUCGCCCUGUCCCCGGAUGGAGGCAAGGCGGCGUUCCUGUCUCGCGACGGGUUUAUUGUGCUCGUGUCACUCAAGUCCCGCCAGUGGAUGGGCAACCUGAAACUCAACGGCUCCGUCUCCUCCGUCUGCUUCGCACCUCCCGUUCCCUCCGACGCUGCCGCCGGUGCUGACGGGUCCGAUAGUCCGAGCGGGCAAGCCCUGACAGGGGAGCAUCAGAUGCUGGCGACGGGGAGUGACGGGGAGGUGUACCACUUUGAUCUGCGCAUGAUGCGCUGCAUUCACCGGCGGGCAGACGACGGGUGUGUGAAGGGCACCGCCAUUGCAGCGUCCCCAGACGGGCGGCACUUCGCGGCUGGAUCCGACUCUGGAGUGGUGAAUCUGUAUGACCGCCCGGCCUUCCUCCGCUCAGGACCCUUUGGAAGCAUAUCAUCAUCAGAAGCAGCAUUGGGAACGGGAGGCUUGAGCCGGGACAACGAGAAGCCGCUGCAACGGGCGUUCAUGAAUUUAACGACUGAAAUAGACGCGCUCUCGUUCAACCACGACGGCCGCAUCCUCGCUCUUUCCUCCCGCGAGCAGCGCGACUCGCUGCGCCUGGUGCACGUGCCGUCGCGCUCCGUGUUCUUCAACUGGCCCACUGAACGCACAGCACUGCAGUUUGUGCACGCGGUGGAGUUCAGCCCGCACAGUGGGUACCUGGCUGUGGGGAACCGGCGGGGGAAGGUGCUGCUACAGGAAUUCAAAGAAGGUGGCGGCGGUGGCGGCAGUGGUGGUUGUGGUGGUGGUGGUGGUGGUGGUGGUGGUGGUGGUGGUGGUGGUGGUGGUGGUGGUGGUGGUGGUGGUGGUGGUGGUGGUGGUGGUGGUGGUGGUGGUGGUGGUGGUGGUGGUGGUGGUGGUGGUGGUGGUGGUGGUGGUGGUGGUGGUGGUGGUGGUGGUGGUGGUGGUGGUCGCAGCGGUGGUGGUGGUCGCAGCGGUGGUGGUGGUGGUGGGGUUGCAGUCCAACCUGUGGAGGGCCAACAGCAACGAACCUCAAGCCAGAGGCAGAGGGCGGUGGAAACCACCCCUGUGUACCCCAUCUGUACCCACGGCCACGAGCUCACCACCGAGGCUAAUCUUUCCACAACAUCAGUGGGUGACGUGGCACUGAUGAGCUCCUUGGCCUGGGCGACUAAACUGGGCAGGGUGUGUGAGGUAAGAAGAGCAGGAAGAGGAGACGCGAGGUCUGCUGCAGUUACUGGCAUGGCUGCUGCGGCUGCUGUGGCUGAUGCAGCUGUUAUAGCUGAUGCCCCUAUGUCGGCUGCAAGGGCGGUGGUGGCCAAUGGAAGGUCUAUGAGGCUGAUGAAUGCUGUGCCAAUAGCAGCACAGCACGCCACAGUGGAUAUCUGCCAGUGCGCGAAACAAUUCAGCACACACAGAGGAGCAGCGAUACAAUGA